AUGGCUGCCGCAAACUCCAACAACUCGAAUUCGCAAUUCUCCGAGAGCCAGCAAUGGCACGACGACUCAAAGCACGAGUGGCUUGCAUUUAUUGCCCAGUGGUCUGCAGGGCAACUCAUCCUCACGAUGCUGCUUGGCUUGGUUGUCUAUGACCAAGCCAUGUACAUCUGGAACAAAGGCUCCAUCGCAGGACCACGUUUCAAAAUUCCGCUCAUGGGACCCUUCUUCCAGGCGCUCUACCCGAAAUUCGAGGGCUAUCUCGAGCAGUGGGCGAGCGGUCCGCUCAGCUGCGUUUCGGUCUUCCACAAAUUCGUCGUCCUCGCUUCAGACCGAGAUAUCGCACACAAAGUGUUCAAGACACCCUCGCACGCCGAGCCGUGCAUUGUCCCUGUCGCCAAAGACAUCAUCGGCCACAGCGCCUGGGUCUUCCUGCAGGGCAAAGCACACGCCGGGUAUCGCAGAGGGCUCACGCCGCUCUUCACCAACAAGGCCAUCGCCACCUAUCUCCCUGUGCAGGAAAAAGUCCUCUCCGACUACUUUGACCGCUUCGUCGCCUUCAGCACGGAGAAGAACGGAGAGCCACACGAAUUCAUGACGUUCUUCCGGGAGAUCAACUGCGCGCUCUCGUGCCGCACCUUUUUUGGCGACUACAUCCCUCAAGAGGCGAUCAAGGAGAUCGCCAACAACCUGUACCUCGCCACAGCGGCCAUGGAGCUCGUCAAUGUUCCGCUCUCGUUAUACAUCCCCUUCACCAAGGUCUGGACCGGCAAGCGCGCUGCAGACGCUGUCCACGCCCAUUUUGCCAGGGGCGCUGCGGCGUGCAAGGCCAACAUGGCGACUGGCGCCAAGCCAACGUGCAUCGUUGACCAUUGGGUGCUGCACAUGAUGGCCUCGAACCAGUAUCGAAAGAAGCUCGCGGCUGGCGACGCAGACGCUGAGAAGCCAUCAAAUCUCAUACGCGAGUUCACAAACGAGGAAAUUGGGCAGACCCUGUUCACCUUCCUGUUUGCCUCCCAGGACGCGUCCAGCAGCGCCACGACGUGGACCUUUCAGAUCCUGGCGCAGAGACCAGACGUCCUUGACCGCAUUCGCGAGGAGAACCUCGCAGCCCGGGGCGGCGACAGGAGCGCGCCAGCCAGCCUGCCCAUGCUCGAGUCCCUGACAUACACCAACGCCGUCGUCAAGGAACUCCUUCGCUACCGCCCGCCCGUGAUUUUCGUCCCCUACCUGGCGACCAAGGAUUUCCCCGUCACCCCGGAUUACACCGUCCCAAAGGGUGCCAUGGUUGUGCCCUCCUGCUACCCGUCCCUCCACGAUCCAGAGGUGUAUCCGCGCCCGGACGUGUUCGACCCUGACCGCUGGAUCACGGGCGACGCUUCAUCCAUGACGAAGAACUGGCUUGUCUUUGGGGCUGGGCCGCAUGACUGCCUCGCGCGCAGAUACGUGCCGCUGUCCAUGGCUCUGAUGAUAGGCAAGGCUUCGCUGGACAUUGACUGGGAGCAUCAUGCCACGGAGAAAUCUGAAGAGAUUCGAGUUUUUGCGACGCUUUUUCCCAUGGAUGGGUGUCCGCUCGUUUUCACGAAGCGAGUGUGA